AUGUCAAGGAAAAGAAAAUAUGUGGUGUACCGCGAUGAAUCCAACUCAGACGACUAUGCAACAACAGCCUAUGCCAGGAUGAUAGCAGUGUCAGCCGGUGGCCGCAGACAAAUCACCAUACCUUGCUCCCCGACAAAAUUCAAGGCGGGUGAUGGGCUGGAAGACCAACUUGAGCCCCUGCAAAUGGACAAUUGGGAGCCAACCCUUGGCGAUGACUUUGUAUUCGACGACGAGAUUGAGCCCCAACCUGUCAUGGUGGUCAAGGUACCAGCAAAACGCUAUGCAAACUCGGAUGCACCUUUGCAUGAAUGGAUGGGCGUCAAUGAGCGUGUCGGAUUCUGUGAAGAAUAUCUCCUCAAAGAGCUACGUCUGGAGGGCCGCGGUAGCUUAACAACGACACCAUGCUCAUGCAGCGAUAUCAAUAAUAAUAUUGUACAAGAACGCCUGUACCACUGUGAAGAUUGCUAUGGACCAGAAAUUUUGUGCAAGUCUUGUUGUUUAUUAAAGCAUGCACGUCAUCCUUUACAUAUAAUUUAUAAAUGGAAUGGGACUUAUUUUGAGCAUAGUUCCUUGGCCGACAUGGGCCUUAGGGUUCAACUAGGACACGAAGGAAUGCCAUGUUUGCGUCCGCAAAGAGGGCAUAUUUCUUUUGUCAUGAUUCACACCAACGCAAUCCACCGAGUAAACAUCGAUUUCUGUGGGUGCCAUCAACGAGUUUCUCAUCGCCAGCAAUUGUUACGUUGCAAAUGGUAUCCGGCCACACCACAUUUUCCUCAGAGUGCCUGCACAAGACAGGUUCUGGAGUUCUUUCUCAUUUUGGCAUGGUCAAGCAAAUUAUCUGGCUACGAGUUCUACACUAAAUUUAUGAGAAUGGUUCGUCAAUUUCGCCAUAUCAAACUAAUGAAGCGAGCUGGCCGUGGUAAUAUAACUGGUGGUAUCUACGAUACUGAGCCUGGUGCAUUAGCCAUCAAGUGUCCUGCUUGUCCGCAACCUGGCAUAAACCUGCCGGAGGACUGGGACAAAGUGGAGGGAUCAAUGAAAUUUCUUUACUAUUUGAUUAUCGCUAUGGAUGCCAACUUCCGCCUCAAGAAUAGGAAUCGAGCUUCUAGCAUUGCCGAUCCUGGGCUACACACAGGUCUUGCAUACUUCGUUCCUGACAAAUUUUACACAGAACACAUACUCAAGAAUGCAAGCCAAGCCGAUAUUAGCACUUGUUCGGGUUUCAAGACAUUGGCACACGCUGAAUCCAAGUACUCGAAUGGGUUGCAAUUGACUGGUGUCGGCUUAUGUCUUUGUGCACACCAUGAACUUGUUCGACCUCAAGGAGUUGGAGACCUUCAAAAGGGCGAAAGAUAUGCUAAUAUGGAUUUCAUCUUCUUCUCAUCCAUCAUGCCUCUCCUCCUCCUCACUGUUGUCAUAUCUUAUGACAUCGCUUGCCAGUGGAAGCUCAAUCUCAUGAAGAGAAUGAAUGAGCUCCCUGAACACCUUCGGAUGCCAGCAGCUGUCGCCCUCGUGGCAUUUAUGUUUGGAAUCCCGAAGUUUCACUGCCCUGCGCAUGAGGAAAAAUGUGCGAUUCCGCAUUCCUUGAACCUCAUGCCAGGCGUAGGACGGACUGAUGGCGAGGGAAUCGAACGCAACUGGGCAGAGAUGAAUUGUGUUGCCAACAGCACGAAGGAAAUGGGCACCGGUUAUCAACACGAUGUCCUCGAUGACCAUUUUGGACAUCACAACUGGCGCAAGUAUGCUGGACUAGGACUCUCACUACGGAAAAAACUGCUAAAUGCUGUCAAGGAACAGGGUCGUCACCAAUCGUUUUUGCGUGACUUUAAUUUAGUGAUUGACGAUGCACAUCGAGGAGAAUGGACUGCAAUGAUCGAGGCUUGGGAACGCGACAAAUCAAGUCCGAAUCCAUACGUGCACAUCAAGAUUACUGACUAUGGUUCAACAGGCCUUUCAGAAGCACAAAUAUGUGCUAAUCUUACGGACGAUGAGAAGAUUUCUAUCAGUAACGGGCGUCAACUUCCGCACGAAGUUACUCCUAGUUCUUUCAUCAAUAUGGGCCUGGUUCUGGAAGAUGCACAGCAACGAAUCAAAUAUGAUCUCACAAGAUCUCUCAGUGCGAAUGGGCACACUGAACUUAACCAACGUCGGAUCACGCUACAACAACAGCUAGCCCGCUUCCGCGUCAUACAGCGGGUAUAUAUGGUAGGCGUCGAAGGCUGGAUUGAAGAGCAAGACAUGAACUCAUCUGAGGAAGUCGAGGAUGAAUCGCUCUGGCUGCCGUCAACACUCCCUCCAAGUGAUCGAGACUUACUAUGUACCAACAAUAUUGCUCACAUCGAGGCUGAGUUGCGCAAGGGACAGUGUCGCGAUUCACUCGAUAAGUUGUGCAGGCAACUACAUACUAAAUCCCAUUUUGUCAAGCACUGCAAUCUCGAUUUACGCAGACAACAAGCCAACACUCGCGCAAAUUCCUCUCUCACUCGGUUGAACAGCAAAAUCAAUGCUGCCGCAGAAAAAUACCGUGUCGCUCGGUCAGCAUCGCUAGAACUGGUUGGGAUCAGCAAGUUGGACAGGGAAUUUCAAUCCCUAGAGGCAAAGGACAUCGUGGCACCUGUCGACACAGUGUCGGGUGUGAGGAGUACUACAGGAAUGCGCGGAAGGAGAGACACAUCGUGCGGAUUAGGGCAGGGGUAUCAGACGACGUCGUGGAUUUGGUCCGUUUCGGGCGUUCGCGAUCAUGAAAGUGAUGCAGGUCUGAAUGAUGUGUUGCGUGUAGAAUGGGCUAAGUCUUGUGCCCGUGCGCAACGGUGGAGUGAAGAGGUGUUACUCCUCAAGGAGGAAAUGCGGCGAACACGACAAUUUCUCGCAUGGCGUGCAGAACAGUGGCAAUCUAUCACUGACCUGUCACACAAGGACACACAGAUCGUGGCUGGCGCCAUCGCAUAUGCUCACAGGCAGGCUGCAGUUCAGCAUGCACUACUGUCUCGUUUCACUUUUCUCUGGACCAAUGGAGCUGCCGCAGACAUCACAGCUGCUACGGAUGAGUUGGCUGAAUAUUUUGCUGGGGAUGAGGUUAAUUUUGAUGACGACGAGGGGUAG